AUGAAUCUUGAUAGCCUAAGCAAUACUUGCAAGGCUAUUAUUAAUUCUUAUUCCGUAUCAACACUCAAUGACUAUGUUGGGUGUUUGGAUAAAAUCAGGGAAUUUAUAUCGAAAUCCACAGAUUCUUAUUUAAUCAAACUUCAACAGUUACAAAAAUCAGAUGUAUUUACAGCUUUUAAUAAAAUAUUGCAUAACCCAUUAGAGACAAAUAUCCAACUUAAGCUUUUACGAUUUUGUGAUUUUCUAUACCAAACAUGCGGUUCAACGAAUGAAAUUACACUCAUAUUUGAUGAAGGAAUUACAAAUAGUAUACUAACAUAUCCAUUUGACUUAUCCUCAACUGAUGUUCUCCAAUCAUAUAUGACAAUUCUUAAAGGUUUAUCAAUUAAAUUAAAAAUAAUACCAGUAACAUAUAUAUUUAGCGAAGCACAGCAGAAAUGCGCUAUAUUUGAUCUGGCCAUUGCUCACAUAAGCAACCAAGACUCAACUACAGUUGCAGCAGCUCGGUUUAUCGUUCUGAAUUUGUUUACGUGUAAGAAUAAUGUUUUAAUAGAGAUAAUUUCAUCCAAUGCUACAAAAAAUCAAUUCGAACAUUUAAUCGAGUCUUUAGACUCUGAUGGAUUUGCUUUCAUUGUCGAUGUACUCAAUGUUGUCCCUCUCGAGUUGCAAGAGUUUAUUAUCGAAAAAUUACGAAAAACUCUACUACAAUUAAAUCCCAAUUUUAUUGGCAGAGCUCUCUCAUUUCUGGCAGAUUCCCCAGCACGUUCGAUGAUCAUGGAGAUAUUACCAAGCAUGAUUACUAAAUUAAAUAUCAAACAACCAGCUACUUUAGCGAUAUUAUUAUAUAGUCUUGAAAAAAGAUUGUUUUUAAUCGAUAAAGCAUCAUCACUUGGUUUAAUACAACAAAGCCAGAUGCCAUCAAUUAAAAGAUUCUCAAUGUCUCUCAAAAAAUCCACUUCAAAAUCGAGAAUUUUUCAAAAGUUGACACUUAUAUUCCAAGAAAGAGAAUCCACGCUAAAUAUGGCUUUGGUAUUAAGAAUAUUUGAGAAUAUAUGCUCAGAACCACCGAGUAUUGUAAAAACAAUCAAAAAAUCAAUAAUUUCAGAUCUAAAAUCGGAAUCUACUAUUGAGUUAUGCAAAAUUUUAUCCGGAAGAAUCGCUUCCAGGCAGAGAACAGACCUAGACUACGUUCUAAAUCCUAAAAAAGAGCAAAAUAAAGGAAAAUUAUAUACAUUAGUGACACAACUUGCAGAAAUCGAAGCUUCCUUAGCGAGAUACAACAAAAAGUCAUUUGUUUGGUUCAAUCUAGCUUCAAUAUCAUCAACUUACGCUCAGGCGUUUGUUUUGGCCGAUGAAACAGAUUUAAUUUUGACUCCAAAUGAGAUAAAACUGCUCGACGAAGCGAGAUCAUUGAAGCUUUGGGAUAUAUAUGUAGAGCCUCUCCCAUAUAAGUCUUCAAAGUCUGUUACAAUAUGGUCAAACAACCAGCAAACGAAGCGAAAAAGUUUGUCCUUGAAUGAACGAGUCAAAACAGUUUUACAAUUUUCUACGGCAUCCUCUGCCGCACUGUUCGAAAGCGAAGUCCAAUAUAGAAAAAUUGACCUUGCAUUAGCUACAUUGGAUUCAUUAUCAUUACAAAUAUGA